GCCUUAAAUUUAUAGAUUUUCCUGUUAAGCUCCUAUCCCCCGUUCAUGUUCCUCCAAACCCAAACCCUAGAAAAAGCAAAAAAUUCAGUCUCAGAAUCGCACUCGUUGUGGUGGUUGAUUCUAGUGUCUUUGUUGUAGAACCAACAUUUCACUUGUCAAAGAUUUCGUACAUUCUCAUCUGAAGUUUCAUGGGAGAGACCAACAAAAGACGACUCUCCGACCAUACCCAUCAACGGAGCAAGAAGCAUCUACCUUCAUCUUCUCCUUCUUCUGCUCGAACUCCCAUUCCUUCAAACUCACUUUCUCAAUCACACUUCCAAAAUUCCUCACCCGAACCCCAGAGACAUUCCACCCCACAUUUUGUUUCCUAUCUUGAUUUCCCCAAUUUGUCGGUUAAGAUCAAAUUAAUGUGUGAAAUCAUCGCCAAUUCCCAAUCUCUCGACGUCGAAAGAGCUUUGGAAGAGACCGGCAUUCAGGCUACUCAAGAAGAUGUUGAGGAGGUUCUGAAAUUAUCUUACAAGUUCCCAGGGUCCUCUGUCAAAUUCUUCCGUUGGUCCGGCCGGAAACUCAACGACCAACACAGCCCCUACGCUUGGAACUUGAUCAUCGACAUGUUGGGUAAGAAUUUAUAUUUCGACCCAAUGUGGGAUGCUAUGAAAUCCAUGAAGAAAGAAGGGUUGCUUUCUUUGGCCACUUUUGGUUCGGUGUUUAGUAGCUAUAUUGUUGCUAAUCGUGUUAAGGAAGCCAUUAUGGCUUUUGAGGUUAUGGAUACUUAUGGUUGUCCUCAUGAUGUUGUUGCAUUGAAUUCCCUUCUAAGUGCUAUUUGUAGAGAUGGAAACACUAAGGAUGCGGAUGAUUUUUUGCAAAUAGCUAAGCGAAAAAUUAGGCCUGACCCUGAUUCGUAUGCCAUUGUAUUAGAAGGGUGGGAAAGUGAAGGAAAUAUAGUCUGUGCUAGGAAAACCUUUGGAGAGAUGAUUGAGGAGAUUGGUUGGGAUCCCACCAAUACCCCUGCCUAUAAUUCCUUUUUGUGUGUAUUGCUGAAGGAUCCUGAUGGGCUACAUGAGGCAUUGGUAUUCUUCAAAAGAUUAAAGGAUAAGUUUUGCUAUCCAGGAUUUAAGUUUUUCAAGCUUGCCCUUGAUGAGUGCGUAAAGAAUGGCGACAUCAAAGCGGGGAAGUACCUUUGGAAUGAAAUCAUAGAGAGUAUUAAUUUUCAGCCUGAUACACAUAUGUAUAAUUCAAUGAUCGUUCUUUUUUGUCAUCAAAAUGACACUGAUACAGCAAGAAGGCUGUUAGAUGAGAUGAUAUGUUAUGGGGCAUUCCCAAAUGUGGAAACUUACAAUUUGUUAUUUCAGUUCUUAUUAAAGGGAAGAAAGUUAAGAGAUGCUUCAGCUGUUUUUGAUGAAAUGAUAAAAAAUGAGUUUGUUCCAAGCCGUGCUAAUUGUAAUGCAGCAAUCGGGAGUUACAUUGAAAGUCAAGAUCCGAAUGAGGCCUUAAAAGUAUGGAAAUGCAUGCUUAAAAACUAUGAUUCAGAUCUUGAAGAGAUCGGUAAUUUCUUGAUUGUAGGGCUCCGAGAUCAGAAGAGGUUGCCAGAAGCAGUCAAAUAUGCUCAUGAGAUGAUUGAUAGACUAAUCAUGUUGAAAAAUUCAACUUUGGCUAAACUAAAACAGAGCCUUUUUGAAGUUAAAAAGGGAUCUCUAUAUGACGAACUAAUGGUGAAGUUGAAAUGUACUGGGAAAUAAGUACUUUGGUGCUUUGUUGGUGUAGAAACGAAUUUUUGCAUGAUGAUCAUUUAGUAUGAAGGUAGGUGAAGGUAACCUGUUUUGACAAUACUCAUUAAAACCCCAAGUAAAUACUUGUUGAAUACUUACUGGUGUAGUUUUACUUAGUUUCUUUCUUGACUGGUGUAGUUUUUACUUAGUUUCUUUCUUCACUGGUGUAGUUUUUACUUAGUUUCUUUCUUGACUGGUGCGUUCUGAUAUACUCAUGUAGAUUUCUGUUGAGUCUCAGUACAUAAAGAAGAAACUAUGUAGCA